AUGCAAUGCUGUGUUUCCUUCCGCGGAACAACCUUCACUGGCAAGUGUUAUGUCUUCAAAGCAAACCUGAAUCUCCAUGGUCUGGAUUGGUUCGAACAAUUGGGCUUGGCUGAUAUCCCGAUCAGUUCCGUCUGUAAUGCCCUACACUUGCCGACUAAAGUUGGCGAAAAUACCGCGGACAUCAUCAACCAGUUCACCACGGUUUUUCAACCUGAAUCAGGACACUGUUCUACGACACAGGCCACUUUUCGCCUUAUGCCGGACGCCAAACCGGUCUUUCGUCCAAAAAGACCAGUCCCAUAUGCAUCGUUACCGCUGGUUGACGCUGAGUUAGAACGUCUUGAACACGAAGGCGUCCUUUGGAAAGGACGUCCCUUGUGUUUGGUCCAACGAGUGCGAGGCGGCCUUCUGUCAACUCAAAUCAAUGCUCAGUUCGGACCUGCUGCUGACCCAUUAUAA